AUGCCAAAUUAUGACACGUGGCUAGCUCUCCUGCGUCAGUGUGUUCUUGGAAGAACGCUACUCGAAGGUCGGCAGCUCCACGCGCGGCUCGCCGAUCUCGGCCUCGAUCGCGAUGCGCUGUUUGGAAAUCUGCUCGUCCGAUUGUAUGGCAGCUGCGGAUGCCCGGAUGAAUCGCUCCAGGCCUUCGAUGCGAUCGCCAUCGGCAAGAAUGUCUUCUCCUGGAAUAUGGCGCUGGCUUCUCUCGCUCGCACCGAUCCAUCCCUCGAUCGAGCGCGGCGGGUCUUCGAUCACAUCCCGCAGCGCAGCAUCGCGAGCUGGAACACGCUCUUGGCGGCGGUUGUGGAUUCCAGGGAUUUGCACGGCGCGGCGCUCCUGUUCGAUGAAAUCCCCGAGCCGGAUCUCUUCUCCUGGACGACGAUGCUCACGGCGCUAGGUGGCCAUGGCGAUCUCGAUCGAGUGAUGUGCUUCUUCGAUUCCAUGCCGGAGCGCGGGAUCGUUUCCUGGAAUGUGGUGGUCCAAGAACAGGCACUCAAUGGGCAACUGGAAUUCGCCGAGCAAGCGUUUGCCAAGAUGCCACAGCACAGCGCCAUAUCUUGGAACUCGAUGAUCACAGCAUUCUCCAAGAGCGGCCAUCCCCAGGAAUCCAAGCUCCUGUUCGAUGAUCUUCCAUGCCGCAAUCCAGUUUCUUGGGGCGCUGCGAUCACCGCAUUUGCCGAGAAUGGGCAUCUUCUACAGGCAUCGCAGAUAUUCUCCAAGAUGCCGCAGUGGGACGUCUUUGCCUCCAACGUGAUCAUCCAGGGCCUCGCGGAUUUCGGCGAGGACAAUCGCGAUCUCCACCAGUUCUUCCAGAAAAUGCCCCACCGCGACAUCGUCUCUUGGAACGCAAUGGUCUCGGCCAGUGCCCAGCGCGGCGAUUCCCUCCAGGCAGAGCUUUUCUUCGAUCGAAUGCCGCAGCACGAUUCAAUCUCCUGGAGCUCGAUGCUCCAGGCACACGUCGAAUCCGGCAACAUCGACGCGGCGCAGCUGGUAUUCGAUCGAUCGCCCCACCGCGGCCUGGUGUCCUGGUCGGCGCUCGUCACGAUCUACGCCCAGGCCGGGCUCCUGGGCGAGGCCACGCGCCGAUUCCAUGCCAUGCCCCAGCGCAAUCUCAUCGCGUGGAACGUCUUGAUCCAGGCGCACUCCCACGGCGGCGAUCUCCACAGCGCGGCCGCCGUCUUCGAUCGAAUGCCCCGCCACAGCACCGCCUCCUGGAACGCGAUGAUCGCCGCCGCCACUGCCCAGCUCCAAAUCGCCGAGUCCCUCUUCCUCCAUCUCCCCCAGCGCAACGUCGUCUCCUGGAACUCGAUCAUCGCGAACUUCGUCCACAACGAUCGCCUCGACCGAGCGCUGGAAGCAUUCGAGCGCCUCGCAGCUCGCGACGUGGUGACGUGGACGGUGCUGGUGACGGGGCACUGCCAGCUCGGCAGCGUACGGGACGCCCACUCCACCUUCCGUGCCAUGCCGUGCCGUACGGUCGUGGCUUGGAACUCUCUCCUCCAGGGCUAUGUCUGUUGCGGGCUUUUGGACGAGGCGAGCAGGAGCUUCGAUCGAAUGCCCGCCAGGAACUUGGUGUCUUGGACGGGGAUCAUCUCCGGGUAUGCCCAUCUCGGCUACAUCGAUCGAGCAAAGGAGACGUUUGAUCAAGCGCCGGAGAGGGACGUGAUCUGCUGGAACGCCCUGAUCACUGCCUACGCCAUGAAUGGCUACAGCGUCACGGCUCUCAAGCUCCUGCCGGUGAUGGAUUCCGAUGGAGUCGAGCCCAACGCCGUGACUUUCAUGGUGCUCAUCGAUGCCUGCUCCACUCUCGCGUCUCUGGCCGAUAGCAAGAUGGUUCACAGCUGCGUGAGGGACGAUUCACGGCUGCUCGAGGGCGAUGUUCUCCUGCAAACUUCGCUCGUCAACAUGUAUGGAAAGUGUGGCCACCUUGACGCUGCGAGGGAGAUGUUUGAUGAUUUCCCGGACAAGUGCUUGGCGCUGUGGAACACGAUGCUGUGCGUCUAUGCCCAGAACGGGCAUACAGAUCAAGCCAUGGAUUUGUUCCAGCUGCUGCUCGUCGAGGGAGUGGAGCCGGACAGGAUAACUUACGUUGGCAUUCUCUCGGCGUGGAGCCAUGCCGGGGUGGUGUGGUACGAGUUCCUGCAGUCGCUAGAGCCUGACUUUGGUGUCACUCCCCCGCUGGAUUUCUACGUGUGCGUGAUUGAUAUCCUGGCACGCACGGGUCAGCUGGAACUUGCCGAGGAUCUCAUCUUCAACAUGCCUUACGAGCCGAAUGAAGUCGCGUGGACUUCGCUCCUCGGGGCAUGUCGUAGCUACGUCGAUCGCGAUCGAGCAGCUCGGGUUGCCGAGAGGAUGAACUCGUACAAUCCGGCAACGUACUUGCUGCUCUCCAAUCUCCACUCCCUUCCUCCUUGA